UCCCGGAUUAUAUUUCCUUGCUCGACGCAUAUGGCUAUGUUAACACAAAGUCUCGAAGCCCUUCCAGGGCAGGUGGGGUGUCUGGUGCUGAGUGACGACGGCGCCGUAUUGGCUUCGACGGGAGAGCUGAAGAACGACGAGCGUUGUGCUAAAGUUGUUCUGAGUAUGCUGCAGGCCGCCAGUCGACUGACGAAUGCUGAGCAACGAGAUCCGUUUAGAAGGAUGUCGAUUGUAUUAGAGGGAUACACUCUGAUGGCGACUGUAUCUAGUGGGAAAAUAUUCAUUGUCAAGAGACAGAACUAGGAACUACAGUACUUUGAAACUUGAUCGAGUUAUGGCUAGAUCAUCUAUUAGUUACACCUUUAGUUCUACCGAGUAGGAACUUGUGAUUUGAAACCAUGCACUGACAGUACAAGUGGUCAUGUCAGGCUGGCUUUGCAAAAACUGAGAUCUUAUUAAUUAAUAAUUAAAUACGUGUUUGGCCGGGGUUGAGCAUUUUUGUGAUUGAA